CUCAGCGCAAUGAAGUGUGCUGUCACAACAGGAGCUCCCGUGGCUGCAGGCUGGAGCCGGAGGGCAAAAUGCUGGAGAAGAUUCAGAAGGCGCUCACGAUCCAUAGCAGCACCAUGAGGGAGCUGCUGGCUGAAGCGCUGGGGAUGUUCAUCCUCAUGGUCUUUGGCCUGUCUUCAGUGGCACAAGUGGUGUUAGGAAGAGGAGACUUUGGGCAGCAUCUGAGCAUCAAUUUGGCAUUUGGAAUUGGUGUUACCUUGGGCAUCCAUGCUGCCGGAGGAAUCUCUGGAGCUCACCUGAAUGCUGCCAUCACCAUCACACACUGCAUUUUAGGAAACCUCCCCUGGAGAAAGCUCCCAGCUUAUCUGAUUGGCCAGUUCCUGGGCUCCUUUACAGCAGCAGCUACUGUCUUUGGCCUCUAUUACGAUGCUCUGUAUGACUACACCAAGGGGAACUUUACAGUGACGGGACCAACCGCCACAGCGUCGAUCUUCUCCACUUACCCUGCUCCUUACGUAUCCUUACCAGGGGCCUUCUUCACAGAGUUUACAGCAACAGCGAUGCUACUCCUGGGCAUUCUGGUCAUCCACGAUGAGAAAAACAACGGAGCCCUGAAAGGCACGCAGGCCCUGCUCACGGGUAUCCUGGUCCUGGGCAUCGGCCUGGGGAUGGGGUUGAACACAGGCUACGCCAUAAACCCCUCCCGGGACCUGCCCCCCAGGGUCUUCACGGCAAUUGCUGGCUGGGGAAUGGACGUCUUCACCGCUGGAGAUCACUGGUGGUGGGUCCCAAUCACAGCUCCGACUCUGGGAAGUCUAGCUGGUGUUUUAAUCCACAAACUCUUCAUUGAUUUUCACAACCAACCCAACCCAAAAAGUGGAAAUGAGAAAGGACAGACAGUGGUGGAGACUUCUACGCUGUGAUGGCCACGCGAUCUGAGGAAAGGGCAUGACAGCAAAGCCUACAUGGAUGUAUGGACUGACAGCCAAAGGGUAACUAAGUGGAUAAGGGGAUAAGUAAUGGUGCUGCUGGAGCACACCGUUUCUCCACCCUUCUGGCGGAGAAAUGAGGGACUAGUCUUCAAUAACAGACUCUGCUUAACCAGACAAACUGGGUCUCUGGGACACUGGGCAGACCCAGGUAGGGCUAGACCUGUCUGUGACCUGAAGAAAUUAUUCAACCUCCCUAUGUAAAAAUCUACCAAAUAAUAAAUCACCACAUUCUGGAGAAAAGCAAAGCAGUGCUGCAAGACUCCAGAUACCUGUAUGUUCAUAGAAAUCAAAAUACAGGAUCCAACAGUGGCAGAAACAACUUAAUUACAGAAAUUUUGAUCUUGAAUAUUCUUUGGUAAGACGUAGAUACUACAUUGAUGGAUCAGGGGCCGAUGCUUGCUUCCAUUUGCUAAUCUGCCAUACUAACAAAGACCCAGUUUGGAAGACCACAAAGAAGAGAAAAGCAAGGACAGUCUGACAUAAAAACAAGAACCUGAUUUUUUUCUUUCAUGCCUGGUUUUGUUUAUUGAUAUGAACAUUCAGGAAGCACCAAAAAAUUAGUAAACUAAACUAAACUUAAACAGGGUCUCCUGAAUCCUGGCACAGCUCUGCUGGAACACACUGGUGUCAUGGAACCAUGUGUAUUACUCACAGGCUAGACUUUAACUACCACCAUAGGAAAGGGUUCAGACAACUUCCGUGGCAGCAUCCCCAAACGCUCAAACAAAAAAAAAUACCAAGCCUUUUCUCCACUCUGAAUGCAAGAGAAAUGUGGGAAGAGGAUGCUCUGCUCCUGCAGGAAUUCUGCCACCUCCAUCUGAAGGAGGAAGUGGGCCUGCAACAGCCUUACAAGU